UAUAAGAUAUUGUAAAUAAUAAAUUUUUAUUCCACAAAAUGAAAUACGCCAUGCCAUAACUUUCUAGGUUUCUAGAUAAGUGGUUCAAAAAUGGCAAUAAAAAAGAAAAUUGUAACAGCUACUGAAGAGAGAAAAUCGAUUGAGACGUUACGACAGCCAGCUGAAGUAAAAUGCAGGAUGGAGGAGGACAAGGACGAAGGGCCGGGGCUGCCCGACAUGACGAUGAUGCCGCUCAUCACCGAGGCGGCCAUCAACGACAACCUGCGCCGCCGCUACGUGCAUGACCUCAUCUAUACAUACACAGGCUCCAUAUUGGUUGCGGUGAAUCCCUACAAGGAACUGGGAUGUUACAGUUUCGAUGACAUGCAAUACUACCGCGGCAAAGCCUUCGGAACUCUUCCACCGCACGUGUUCGCCCUCGCUGAGUCGGCGUACAGUUCUUUACAGAAUGGUGAGAAGAACCAGUCGGUGGUGAUAUCGGGCGAGAGCGGCGCUGGCAAGACGGAGACAACAAAACUGAUCCUGCAGUACCUGUGCGCGGCCGGAGGACAAGCCUCCUGGGCUGAGCAGCAGAUCCUCGAGGCGAACACGGUCUUAGAAGCCUUUGGUAACGCUAAAACCGUGCGGAACGACAACUCAUCGCGCUUCGGCAAGUUCGUGGAGGUGAGACUGGACCAUCGAGGAGGUAUCAAGGGUGCAGUGCUGAGAGACUUCUUGCUAGAGAGAGCCAGAAUUACGGGCCCCGCUCCCAGAGAGACCAACUACCACGUCUUCUACCAGCUGGUCGAAGGAGCGCGGCAUAAUACGGAGCUGAAGAAUAUCUUGCGACUUCGCGAUGACGUCCAGUUCAAGUACCUCAGGCCAGAAGACGAGGAGGUGGUGCGAGGAGCGAGGGCCGCGGGCGGCGGGGAGCAGGGCAGGCUGGAGGCUUUGCAGCUGGCGUUGACGGUGCUCCAGGUGGCGCCGCACAUGUGCGAGGGGCUGUUCAAGGUGCUGGCUGCCGUGCUGUGGCUGGGCAACAUACAGUUCCAGGACAUAGACGGGGAGCGCACGUCCCUCGCACCAGAGGAUUCAGAGGCUGUGGAAGCAGUUGCCAGCCUGCUGGGGCUGCCGCUCUCCACUGCACAGCGCGUACUCCUGGAGCGGCAGAUCAACGUCAGAGGAAACGUCACUGACAUACCCUUUAGGCUGCCAGAGGCGCGUGAGAACCGUCACGCCAUGGCGCGCGCGCUCUAUUCGCGAACGUUCGCGUGGCUGGUGCGUCACGUGAACAGUUGCUCGGCGCCGGGGCGUGACGCCCGCCGAGCUCUCGGCGUACUCGACAUCUUCGGCUUCGAGAACUUCGCGUCCAACUCGCUCGAGCAGCUCUGCAUCAACUACGCGAACGAGAAGUUGCACAUGUUCUUCAAUAACUAUGUGUUCGCCUUGGAGCAGGAAAUUUACCGGCAAGAAGGUAUUAAGUACAGUCAAAUACAGUUCACUGACAACGCCGCGUGUCUCGAGCUGCUUGAGAAGCCGCCCAGGAGUUUGUUGAAGCUACUCAGUGAACAGUGUCACAUGCCUAAGGGUUCGGACGGCGCGUACCUGACGAAUAUCCAGGGCGAGUUCGGCGAGCACCAGAGCUUCGUGAAAGGCUCGCGGCGCAAGUGGGAGGAGGAGUUCGGCGUGCAGCACUACGCGGGCGCCGUCACGUACAGCGUGCACGGGUUUGUGGACAAGAACCGCGACACGCAGCAGGACGCCUUCAUCGACCACCUGAGCCGCUCGCACAACCCCUUCGUGCGAGAGCUGGCGGACUACGUGCACGACCUGGCCCCGCCCCCGCAGGACAUAUCGCUCUCAAGUCCCGGCGCGACCAGUACCACUCAGCGCGGCACGUCGAAGGGCAGACCCACGGUCGUGGACACCUUCCGAGCGCAGCUGCAGUCGCUGGUGGACAUGCUGCAAGUCACUGACGUAUGGUACGUCCGCUGCAUUAAGCCAAAUGAAAACAAGGUGGCGGGCAAAUAUAACGAACAACUUGUGAUGGAACAGCUCCGGUACUUGGGCAUGAACGAGAUCGUGCGUAUACGUCGUGACGGAUAUCCCGUGCACGCGCCCGCACCGCAUUUUGCGGCGCGCUACCGCUGUCUGUUGCCGCACCCGCGGCCGCAGCAGCCAGAUGUCGCAGCAAUUAUGAGCUUGGUGAACGCACCCAGGGACGACUGGCAAAUCGGUCACACUAAAAUAUUUAUGAGAAGCUCAGUGCACGGCCCGCUUGAAGCAAAGCGGACGGCGCUGCUACAAUCAUCAGCAUUACUCAUACAAAAGUGGUACAAGGGCACCAAGGCCCGGAGUCAGUUCGUGCAGUGGCGCCAGGCUGCCGUGGUGCUGCAGGCGGCGUGGCGCGGCUGGGUGGAGCGCGCGCACUUCCUGCGGCUGCGACGGGCCGCGCUCACGCUGCAGAGGCACCUCAGGGGCGCCUUCGCCAGGGAGGUGGCCACGGCGCUGCGGGAGAUGAAGAGGGUCAACCAGGAGAUCAAGCUCAGGGAGGAGAGGAAUAGCAUCGCCGAGAAGGCCGAGCAAGAGCGUCUGGAGCUGGAGAGCAUGGCGGAACAGCUGCGUGUCGUGGCCCGCUCGGGCGACCGCGCCGAGUCCGUGAACCUCGACAACCUGUUCGACUUCCUGGCCGACGUGCCGGCGCAGCGUGGCGCUCCCGACGGUCAGCCCGACUACCAGCCCUCCAUACACGAGAUCGGGGACUCCAUCGAGAGGCUGGCGGACGAUCUCAACCAGGAGUUGGAGAAUGUAUUAGCGGAAGAAAUGAAUGAACUGACGAAAAAUACAGACGUCCAACGAAAGCCCGAUGGAGCACCUUCAGAGUUCUUACCGCCUCCUCCGCCGCCAAUGUCGCUACCGCUGCAAUCUAUACUGCAGCCUGCAACACCUGUUAAUAAUUCGUUGACGAAUGGAAUCAAUGGAUCGCAUGACGAAAUGACGUCGUCGAUGAAUGGCCGCAUUCCGAACGGCGAGAUGUCGUCGUCACUGAUCAUGCCCCCGCCCCCGUCGUCGGAGCCCCUCAUGGACGGUUCCCCAGUGUUUCCCUCUCCUCCGCCACCACCCAUGAUGCCGAACAGCACACUUCCUGAGCCAGCAGGACCGCCGCCUCCUCCACCAGUUAAAGACACUACACCACCGGAGCUUACGAAUGGCGUGAUACCGAACGGAAAACUGUCAGUUAUAAAGGAUAAGGAGCCGAUAUACGAGUCCGUGAUACCACGGCCAGGCAGCGAGCCGCCGCUGCUGUCACCUCCACCGCCGCCCGUCAACCCGCCAGAGACCAAUGGAUUCUCUUGCCGUGAGUCGGAAAUGGAGCCUGAAGCGCCGCUACCGCCGCUCCCGAGCGCCGUGACGUCACCGGCACAGACCGAGUCCCCGUCAGUCAACGACUCAUGCAUAAGUCCAACGCCGCUGUCAAACGGAGAUGCAACCAGCACGGAGCGCAGCGCUCGCCGCAAGGAGCGAGUAGAGCGCCGCCUACACCAGCUCGAGGCGCCCGUCAAUGGCGACCCCACCUUGCCCGCCGAUGCCUCCGACCUUACUGAGUUCGCCAAGCUGUGCUUUAACGACCACCCACGCUCACCUGAAGGGACAAUAAUAGCAACGCUGACCCGCAAGAGCAAAUCGAUGGAGCUGCUGACGAAGGGAGAGAUGAUAACCUACCACAAGGGCAACAACAUCCCAACCUCUCACAUCCAGCUCCACGACCCCGACUGCGUUACCGCCGCUGUUAAUAUAUUCAGGGAUCUUUGUCGAUACAUGAGGGGUGAGUUGACAGUGGAUAAGGAGACCCAAGUCAUCCAGAGCAUCAUUGGGAAGGGGCUGGAUCGAGAGGAGCUGAGGGAUGAGAUACUCGUGCAGUGUGUCAGACAGAUAACGGAUUGCCCGGUGGAGGAGUGGGCGGAGCGCGUGUGGCUCGUCCUGUGCCUGUGCGCCGUGGCGUGGCAGCCCAGUCGCGGCCUGGCGCGCUACUACUGCGGCUGGCUGCGCGCGCGCACGUCGCCCGCGUCGCCCGCGUCGGCCGCCGCCGGCUCCGUGACGUCGCUGAGCUCUGUGUCGUCGGGCGCGCGCGCCUCGCACUGUGCGCAGUGGUGCCUCGACAACUGCCGGGGCGCCGCGCCUAGGCAACUACCUCCCAGCACGGUCGAGAUUGCUGCUAUGCGUCGUUUAGGCACAAUCGUGUGCCGCUUCUUCUUUCUGGACGGUCGCACCAAAGCCAUCGACGUGCACCCCGCGGACACGGCGGCUGCCGCGGCCGCGCGACUCGCGGACAAGCUCGGGCUGAGCAGCGGGUCGCGGGCCGGCUGGGCCAUCUACCAGCAGCGGGCCAACACCGAGGAGCACGUGCGCGCCACGCACUACCUCUAUGACGUCAUCGCGGCCUGGGAGAUGCAACAAGGGCCGGGCGGCGGGUCGGCUGACAACCGGUUCGUGUUCAAGCGGCGCCUGUUCCGCGGCGGACGCGAGUUGCCGCACGAUCCCGUCGAGGUGGCGCUCUUGUACGCGCAGGCGGUUCAUAGUGUGGUCAAGAUGGACGAGUUCCCAGUGUCGGAGAAGGUGGCUCUUCAGCUGGCUGGGCUCCAAGCUCAGGUGUCUCUGGGGGAGCCGGCUGCCAACCCGCCGCCGCCGCACACUCGCGCGUAUUACUCUCAUCCUGAGCAGUUCCUGCCGCAGAGAAUCGCAAGCACAAGACCUCCGCACCAAUGGGCAACAAUCCUCGCGCAAGCCCACCGGCAGUUCGGCGCGGGUCGCGCGGAGCUCACGGCCAAAGCGCUGUACCUGUCGUGCGUCAUGCAGUACCCGCUCUACGGCGUCACGCUGUUCCCGGUCACAUACAAAGGAUACUGGGCACAUGGACCCAACGUUCUUCUGGGUGUGGGAUCGGAAGGCGUGGUGCUGGUGCGACCCGCAGACAAGGUCGUGCUGGCGGAGUAUCCGUACUCCAACAUCGCCGCCAUACUGAUGGACCCCGUCGACAACGGACUCACGCUUAGCCUGACGCACCACGGACAACACGAUGGUCUCAGGUGCAUCGUGCUGGAGUGCGGCCAGAAGCAGGAGGCGGCGUGGCUCAUGGCGGCCUACAGCCCCGCGCUGGCCAGCAGCCUGGCGGAGGAGCCCGCGCGGAGAGCGGCGCCCGCGCCCGAGCGGGCCCGCCUGGCCGCCGCGCUGCGCUCCGCCCGCCGCGCGCUCGUCGACGGCGGCCUGCUGCGCCGCGCGCCCGACCUGUCCGCCGCCGGCUUCCUGCGGAACACGCUGCGGCGCCUAAGCAAACACCGCGUAGAGCGCGUCCGCCUGGAGCUGACCGGAGAGCAGGGGGAGAGCUACAAGGGAUUCCCGUCCAGCUACUGGUGCUGGUCGCGGACGUUGCCGCACUCUCUCACCAAACUGAACGAGGCAGAGGACGUUGCGGCCAUGCAGAUAUUUAAGGAUAUAAUGAGCCACGCGGGUCUGAGCAGCAACGAGGGCAGCACCAUGAACCUUGCCAGCAACAGUAGCGUCAGCAGCCACGAGAGCGACAGUGACGACCGCGUCUCUCUGGCGCAGUCGCUGCUGCAACGUUGUCUGCAGAAAGACACGCUGCUCUGCGAGCUGUACAUGCAACUUAUCAAACAGACCACGGAGCACCCGGAGCCCAGCUCUCGCGGCGCGGCCCGUCACUGGUCGCUGGUGUGCGCGGCCGUGGGUGCCGCCCUGCCGCCCGUCAAGCCGCUGCGGCGCCUGCUGCUGGCCCACCUGCGGUACCGCGCCGCAGCUCUCUGCCACACCGAGGAGGGCAAGUUCGCCAGGCGCGCAGAACAGGUGGCCCUAAGUAUAGCUCAGGUGCCACGUCGCAUGAGCGCUCCGUCUAAAGAAGAGUUGCUAUGCGCUGCGGCACGGCGCCCCAUGCACGUGCGGGUGCUGCUGCUGGACGGCAAGCAGCACGCGCUGGUGUUCGGACCGGCAGCCACCGCCGACCACCUGGUCGCCAUGCUGCGGGAGAAGAUCGGACUCAGCGAUAGUGCUACCGGGUACGCAUUGUACGAGGUGUGCGCGAACUCUUCGCCGGCGGGCAGCGGCGAGCGCGCACUGGGCGGCGCCGAGCGCGCGGCCGACGUGCUCGCUCGCUGGGAGAAGGCGGGCGCCACGGCCGCGGCCUGCAGGCUUGUGUUUAAGAAGCGACUGUUCCUGGGCGAGCGGCCUCUACACACGGCAUGCGUGGCCGAGAUGGAGCUGCUGUACUACCAGGUGCUGCACGCCGUGCGACACGACCGUCUGCCCAUCGAGACGGAUGAGGCGGUGAUGGUGGCGGCGCUGCACGCGCAGGUGGUGAAGGGCGAGUGCUCGGGCGGCGAGGAGUGCGCGGCCGCCGCCGGCGCGGUGCUCCCGCCGCGCGUGGCGCCGUCGCUGCCCGCGCCCGCGCUGCGCCUGCACCACCUGGCGCUGCGCGGCACGCCGCCGCUCGCCGCCAUGCAGCGCGCGCUCACGCUGGCCGCCUCCUGGCCGCUCGCUCGCGCCACCAUAUUCGACGUCAUGCAAUCGUUCACGUCAAACUGGCCUCGCGCGCUGUGGCUGGCGGUGGACGCGCGCGGGCUGACGCUGCUGCGGCGCGGGUCGCGGGCCGCGCUCGUGUCGCACGACCACGCGCAGCUGCUGGCCGUGUCGCCCGCGCCGCGCGCGCUGUUACUGGUGACGCGCGCCGACCGCAAGCACGCCAAGCUGGUGCUCUCCACCGAGCAGGCGUACCAGAUCGCAACCCUGAUCAAGGACUACAUAGAAGCUGUGCGCGGGCCUGUGUGCCCGGCGGCGCCGCAACCCGCCGGCGCUGCGCCCGCAGCUUCCUGACACCCGCACGACUAGUGCCAGUGCUUCCACGUCACCAGCCGCCAAUAGACAACAGUAGAGCAGCUGCAAUUCAUAUCUUCCACUUUCAUAUCUCCAACAUCACUCUAUAAUCUGAAUCUGUUACUCGAACUUGCCAGGUCAAAUAGUAUUACAUGAUAUAGUUAAACUAACAAUAUCUUGCACGUCCGAGCCAGACUUAAAAAUAGAAAGUCAAAUUAUCGAACUAUCGGCUGUCGAUGAUCCAAUCGAAUAGUAAUUACCGACUUUUAAAUAUUGAGUCUAUGGCUAGACUUCGAUUAUAUAAACUCAUUACAGGACAUACUUGACUCAGUAUCAAACACUUGCACUUGAGGCACAGAUAUCAAAGUAUAGUUCUAUUCUUAAAGAGUCAAUCAUUAACAUACAGCCGGGCAUAAAAAUCUAGUCCGGGUAAACUAUUUUGAAUGAUUCACUUAUAAAAAUGUACAAACAGUCACAAUAUAUCUCAUAUUCACAUCUGUGUCACAGACUAAAUAUCACCUAAUGAGCCAAUUAUUGUCUAUAGACUACCAAUCAUAUCAAAACAUAAAUUCCAAACUGGUUAUUCAUUUUUUUUCACAAAACAGAAAAAAGGUAUACUUAUAUGCCAUAAUAUGCUUUUCUGAGAGCAGACUUAUAAUAAUUGAAAAACUUAAUACAUAUAUAUCAUAUUAUGUACAGAGUAUAUGUGGAGAUAGAGUUGCAGAGUACAUCUAUGUUGUAUUUUACACUUUGCACCAACACACUUGGGACGUGACGCGGCCGGUUAGGCUAAUAUAGUGCUGUUUGUAUAUUUCAACUCUAUUAGCCUAAAAACUUUGACUACACAUUCGUUCAUGUUUGUUGUAGUCAUUCUCCGGUCGUAGAAGAGUAUGUAGUAAUGUUAGAAGGAUGUACUCCGAACAUUACUACACAGAUUAUUGUUGAAGCGUGACCGUUUUUGAUUGGUUCGUUAACAUUCAUUGCUCGCAUUUCAUUCGCUGGAACUUGUUUGAGUCGCGCUUGGUGAAUUUAUUUUUAUACUCAUUCUUUUAGAUAUAGAAUUUUAGCGUUAUUUUAACGGUCGCCUACGGGAAGUAAAUGUUGAUUAUAGUAUCGUUAUUAGAUAUUAUAUGAAGAUAUAAUAUUACUCAAAGUAAAUAAGAAUCAAAAUUAUUACAGUUCAUUGUUUUUGAGAGCAUAACAAAAUUUUCUUUGAGUAAUAUUAUGUAUAGGUACCAUAAUUAGUAGUUUGUAAGACCUUAAGGUAAACAGGCCUGAGGAAUGCUAGUCUCGAUAUGACCUUAUUAAUUAGUUCAAUCAAAGUUGCAACAUUUACUUCAAAGUGUUCAGUGUUCGGUUUUAGUGUUGGAUGGACCUUAUCGUUGCAAGAUGACGGGGAAGCAAUAAUAACCAAUAGACUGUUAGUACUCCUAGGUGAUAUAUUCCUCCAUAUUAACUCCUAUACGCAAUAUUACUAGUGUCAUUAUUUAUAAAUUCGUGUUAUUAAAAUAGAGCAGUUAACAGUAUAAAUUUUAAGAUUGUUAAUAGUAUAUGAGAUUCUCAAUCGAUGUUGUAAUUUGAUCUUCCUUCCUCGUGUAUUUAGAUGUCGUCGUCCCAUUUCAUGAAAACAAAACGAGAUUUUCUCUAUUUAUCAUGUAAUUCUUGGCAUUAUAUUCUAAGAAGUAUGUUAAUAUUAUUGAAAUAUCUAUUACCUUGUUCUAUAGAGUAAAUUCCACAGUAAAACCUAAAUAUAAGAUUUUCAUGAUCCGCUAAUACAUUCUGGCUUUCUAAAUAAUGAUUAGAUAAUAGUCAGGAGAUAUUACAAUAUCAUUAAUAGAGCCAGAAUGUACAAACCGGCAUAAGAAUAUUUACAUAUAAAGUAAUAUCACUUGUAAUUAGGGAACCUCAUAUCAACUGUAUUAACUACCUACAUUUACUUCGGUAUCACUUACCUGUACUCUUUUGACUUUAUAAAAUAGUAUAUGUCUGUUUUUAUUGCGAGUAUAUAUUAUUGUCCUGACGUCUUGUUUUGUGCCUUUCGCCGCGUGAGAACACUGGCUAGUAAAUGAAAUGAAAAUCAUGUUUAAUGUUAUAUAACAAUUUGAAAUAAUGAAAAAUAUUGAAUAUAUAAUUUGUCAUAGAUAGAGAUGAACACUAGUUUCGCUGUCAGCGUAUAUGAAUGAGAUAGCAAUAGACUGUGACGAGUGUUAUGUUUUCAUUCUGAAUAAUUUGUGUAACUUAACAGACAACAAUUUCCAAAUUUUAAUAAUAACUGAAUUCACAUCAAAUCACUCAAUUACGUCCUAAUAAUAAGAAUUUAAAGUAAAUAGUGUUGGCCCACAGCAGCCAUUGUUUGUUGGGAGCUGAUGAAAUGGGUUCAAACAAAAAAUUCGCAUACCCGAAAGGGAUAGCAGAUAUUGUAGUUCGUCUCGCUUAAUCGCAAUACCAAUCUAAUUUAUGUGUUUCUGUCACAUUAUUAGUCAUUUUAGUGACGAAUCUAUUGUUCAUCUUUUAUCUACGUCAUUUGGUCAUGUAGCAGAAAAAAUAUCAGUCAUUGACCCUUAAGCUAUCUCUGAAGGUCACAUGAGCUAAUUGGUGUCCAACUUACUAGCCAGCCUAGCCUCGCAAUAUCCACUGAGUUAACUAUGCUGUAUUGCAAAUUGAAAAUUAUUUAAAUAUAAUAUAACACUAUUGCACAAUGUUAUAUCUCAAUAUUUUAUUGUGAAUUAUGUAUAGUAGUAGUUAUAAAAUUAUGUGGAGAAUGCUUGUGAAGGCAAAAUGGGCAUUAAUUUGGUUUGGAUGAAGCCUUUUUGGUGCUUAGAACAAUUGCUUUGAGUUAUGAUCUCAUGUUGAGUAUUAUUUAUUAGAUGCCAUAUGUCGUAUGAGCAAUAUUCAAAUAGGCUAUUAUUUAUUUUGUAUAAGUUUAACUUAAUUUGUAUAUAAUUGAUGAACCAAAGAAUUUUGACGUCCCUUUGGAUAUUUUUUUUUUAUUACUCAUUAGUUCAAUUCUUGAAAAUAACCUAGAUUUAAUAUUGAUAGUUAAGUAUGGUAUGGUAAAUAAACACUGUAUUAAUUACUCGCGACAAAAUAAUUUCAUUGAAAAUUAUGUGUUUUUAAUGAAGAAUGAUUUAUUUUGAUUUUUUUUUUUCAUAUUUUGUCUUAUUUACAAUGUCUGUAUUUUGAUUUUAUACUUUUGUAAUGUUUGAAUUUUUACUCGUUUAUAUUUUACAAUAAUAAUUAUUGUAUUUACAACAAUAAGCCACCAAGAUACUGCCCAAACAGACUGAUUGUGUCCAAAUAUUCCUUUUUUGAUAGUUUUUGUUAUACAGCAAACAAUAUAAUCAUUCCCAAUAAUUUAAAUGCCAAAUAAAUAUAAACAAUAAAAUUA